AUGCAUCACACCAAGCUUCUAAACGUGCUCCGAUCGUCAACAGCCUCUGGACACAGACUGAACAGGACCAGGACCCAUGAGGAGACAUGUCGAGUGCUGGGGAACAGCUUAAGACCUGGUGACGGCCAGAAUAUAAAGACAGACAUGGGAUGUGGUGUCACCAAGUCUGCCCAGUUUAAUAAACAUCCAGGGAAAGCUGUCACAACCAUCCGAGCCGCCAUCCUGAUCCAGAGAUGGUAUCGUCAGUACCUCGCUCGCACAGAAAUGAGGCGGAGGUGCACGUGGUACAUCUUCCAGUCCAUCGAGUAUUCAGGGGAACAGGCACAGAUCAAGCUUUACAAUUUCCUUGGAUAUCUCAUGGACAACUUUACGCCAUCAAGCAACGAACGUAAAUUAAUCUCGCACAUCUUCAGAGAGAACGACAUGGUUCGCGAUGCAGAGUGGGAGAGGUAUUUUAGCUACAAGAACAUUGAGGUUCCAGAGAUUUACUCAGGACCACACUUGACUUUCCCCCUGACGGUGGAGCAGGCCGUGGGGCUGGUGGAGGCCUUCAGAAACAAGAAGCAAUUGCAUUCUCGCUACGUGCUCCAGCUGCUGCUCGAGACAUGGAGGCUUCUGCGGAAGUUUCCAAAUAUCAACCGCAUUUCCACUUGUCACAGCAAACAGAUCACAAUUUGUGGGGACUUGCACGGUCAGUUGGAAGACCUCCUACUUAUUUUCUACAAGAAUGGGAUGCCGUCCUUGGAGAAGCCUUAUGUGUUUAACGGAGACUUUGUGGAUCGAGGGAACGACUCCAUCGAGAUCCUGCUCAUUCUGUUUGCGUUCCAGCUGCUUUAUCCCAGCGACGUUUAUUUGAACCGCGGGAACCACGAGGACCACAUCGUCAACCUCAGAUACGGCUUCACGAAAGAGGUGCUAACCAAAUAUAAGCCCUAG